AUGAAGCUCCACGGUUUGUUAGCAUUCAUCUUCGGCACGGUAGGGUUUGCCCGUUUGUCGAGGAGUUCGUGUUUGCUUCGAAAUGCGAAGCCGAAUGUGUACUGGUACCAGUGCUUCAGGACGAAUAAUUAUUUGGCCGAUGUGGAAAGGGCACCAAUCGACGUGGACAGAGUGACGUUUGGUAAUUCUAACAUAAAAAUUGUGCUGGACAGGUCUUUCGACCGUUUGAGUAAGAAUUUGGCACGAUUGGGAUUUUUCUACUGUGGUACCGAAGAAAUCGAGAACAACGCUUUUCAGGGACUGACAGAGCUGGAAUUUUUGGCCGUCACCGGAGGCAAAUUGCAGGUCAUAAAGGGCGCCUGGUUUGAGGGACUUUCGAAAUUGCGGGUUGUUUCGUUCCAAAACAAUCAAAUUAAGCACAUAGAAGACAGUUUCUUCUCCACGUCCCCGUUGCAAGUGGUGGACAUUUCCUCGAACAAGAUAACGUGUCUUCCAAUUGCUUCGUUAACCAAUUUCAAAGUGAAGGAGCUCUACUUCCAGUUCAAUCGUCUCACGUGGAUGUGCCAAGACAUGAUAAUAGACUGGUUGAAGGGCAAGAACAUUGAGACAGGGCACCACUUCCCGGAGUAUAAAGAUGCACCCUACGAGCUUAUUAAAAUGUGUUCAAACAAAUUACCCAAGUCUUAUCUUGACGAAGAAAGUUUUAACAAAUGUAUUGAAAACAGAACCAGCGAAUUAUUACCCAACCGAGAGAAUUACACCAUUAAACAGUUCUGCGAAUUUCUGGAGAAAAAACCGUCACCUUUCUUAGAUUGUAAUGAGGAUUGA